UUGGCAUUUGUGUUGCAUUUGUGUGUCUUUUCAUUCAUUCCCACACCACCCAACACCACCACACCACAUUUACAUUACAUUACAACCAAAAGCUUCAUUAAGGUCAUUAGUGUUAAACUAAUCAUGGGGUAAUGGAGCCUAAAGCUUAAGCUGUCUUGCUCAAAAACAACAAGUUUUUAGCUUAGCUAGGCAUAGUGACAACACACUCACUCCCCUCAUUUCAUCAAACACCUUCUUCUUCUUCUUCUUCUCCAAUGGAAGCUAGUGCAGCCAAGGAGAAAGACAAGGAUGGCAAGAAGAUGAGCAGGGUUGGAAGCUGGGGAUCCAUGGCGUUCUACUCCUCGUCUUCUUCCUCCAGAAGCCAACCAGUGUCUGCAGCAGAAGGCAAGAAUGGUGGCAAGAAGGAGAAGAGGAGGAGCAGCAUCAGCAGGAGCAUCACGUGUGCCGGAUCGAUCUGCAGCACCAAGGAGAGUUCGGUGUCGAGCAGGGGGAGAGGCCGGCGCCGCCGGAGCGGCGGCGGCGGCGGCGGCGAUGGCGGCGGCGGAGGGAGCACGUCGAGCAGGUCGCUGAUGGGUCCCGGGUACCACGGCGACUCCGCGGCGGCUGUCUCCGCGUCGUCGUCGUUCAACUCUGUGAUGACGGCGGCGACAUCCGCCACCGCGACCACCACCACCACCACCACCAGCUCGUCGGCAACCUCGCCGCCGUCGGCGCUGUCCUCGCCGCUGUCAUCCAUCGGCGGCUCGUUCAGGGCGAUGCAGAUCAGGAAGCUCUCCGGCUGCUACCUCCACUGCCACUCGGUGCUCGACCCGCGCACCCUCGCCGCCGUCGUCUUCUCCUGCCCCGACUGCGACGAGGUGUUCGUCAAGCCCGACUCCCUCGAGCUCCAUAGAUCAACCAGACACGCAGUUUCAGAGCUCGGGGCGGACGACACGAGCAGGAACAUCGUGGAGAUCAUCUUCCAGUCGAGCUGGCUGAAGAAGAACGCGCCGGUGUGCAGGAUCGAGAGGAUACUCAAGGUGCAGAGCUCGGACAAGACCAUCAAGAGGUUCGAGCAGCACAAGGAGGCGGUGAAGGAGAAGGCGAGGAGCGCCGGCGACGAGGCCGGGAGGAACCCCAGGUGCGUCGCCGACGGCAACGAGCUCCUCAGGUUCCACUGCACCACCUUCGCCUGCUCCCUCGGCCUCGCCGGCGGCACCGCCCUCUGCUGCGCCUCCUCGUCGCCGCCGCCGCUGCACUGCAAGCUCUGCAGCAUCAUCAAAGACGGAUUCAGGGUGGAUGGCAAUGGGAGGAUCACGACGAUGGCGACGAGCGGGCGGGCGCACGACACGGCGGAGGUUUCGCCGGACGGCGAGAAGAGGGCGAUGCUGGUGUGCAGGGUGGUCGCCGGCAGAGUGAAGAAGCUCCACAGCAGCAAUUCUUCAGAGGAUCAUGACUGUGACUCUGUCAGCCCCUGCUCAGAAGGGGUUUACUCAGAUUUGGAUGAACUGUUCGUGUUCAGUCCCAGAGCUAUACUUCCUUGCUUUGUUGUCAUAUACAGUGGCUACUAGAUCAAAGAAAACCAGUAGAAUAGCUUGAUUUUGCCACUGUUCUUAAUCUAGUUUCUUUCUCUGUUGUAGGUUGUAGUAUGUUUACUUACUUCAUGUUCAUCAAGUCAGAUCAUAAUGCAAAAAUGGAAAAAAAAAAACUGCCUGCAAAGUGCAAAUCUUUCUCUUGUGUCACAGUUGCUCUCAAGUGUCAUUCAAAUUUGACAUGUUUGAAAAGCAGGUACAAGAUGGGAACAAGGCCAUGAGAUAGACACCAAAAACAGUGAUUUUGCUUGCUUCCAAGAUCUAACAGAAGUACAAAACCAUUGUCAAUGCAGAGUUUUUGUCCAUGUGUGCUGAGCAAACAUUAGAUGCUUACACCCAUGAACACUUUGGGUUCUUGGAAGAAGCAUCUACUUAGACAAAAGGCUAAGAACAAACAGCUACUUUGGAAGAAGCAAUGAACUGCUAAAUGUUAUACUAUUCCUACCCUGCAUCCAGCUACAUCCAACUCAAUAUAUUACUAAAUGCAAGUAUAGUACAGAUCCCUAGCAAAUGCUGCUUCUUAAUUGUGCAGCUCUACAAAUAUAAAUUCCUCUAACCAAUAUAGGUUAAGAGCUAAGCAGUAGAGGCGAUGGUGAUUAUACCUGUAUUUUAGUCAAUCAUAUUCUGAGGUUGUCUGCUUGUGGACGACAAGUUGCACAAACUGAUUCCAAACAAAGAGAGCACACAUUCACCAGAUUCAAGAUUGUUCAUCAACAAUUUGUUAAUCUAGCAUUAUCGUGGCCUCUGAUCUGUUCACUGCAAAACUGGACAAACGUCAACAGACAAUUUUACAGCAAGAAUGUCAUUUGUCACGAAAGCUUAAAGAAGAUCAGUGUCCUCAAGUUGCCUGUUUUUGUUCGUUUGGAUUCA